ACAUUUACUUGUAACUGAAACCUUCGUCGUUUAACUUCUACUUGUUCUCCCAACAAAGAAGGGUUCAAUUCUGCUGAACACAAAAAAAAAGAUGAUGGGCUGGCGAAGAGUAUUGAAAUCUUUACAGGCACUGACCGCCCACAGUCUUCUCUUUUCUUUCACUCUCUUUCUCGUCCUCAAGCUUGAUCACGUCGCCUCCUACUCCUGGUGGUUAAUAUUCUUCCCACUCUGGACAUUCCAUGGAGUUGUUGCUCGAGGAAGAUUUGCAUUACCUGCCCCAUCAGUUCCACGUAAUCGUCAUUGGGCGCCGUGCCAUGCAGUUGUGGCAACACCAUUGCUUAUUGCAUUUGAACUGCUUCUUUGUAUAUAUCUCGAAAGUGUUUAUGUUUAUCAUAUUCCAGCUGUAAACUUGAAGAUUGUCUUUAUUCCAUUUUUGGCAUUAGAAAUAAUUACUUUUAUUGACAAUUUCAGAAUGUGUAAGGCUCUAAUGCCAGGGGAAGAAGAAAGCAUCAGUGAUGAAGCGAUAUGGGAAACAUUGCCUCAUUUCUGGGUUGCAAUUUCCAUGGUUUUCUUUGUGGCUGCUACAGUCUUUACCCUCCUAAAGCUGUGCGGUGAUGUGGGUGCGCUUGGCUGGUGGGACUUGUUCAUAAACUUUAGCAUUGCAGAGUUCUUUGCCUUUCUCGUUUGUACUAAAUGGUCUAAUCCAGUGAUCCACAGAAAUUCUCAGACAAGAGAAGUUAGUUCUUCUUCAACAACCAUUAGAUAUCAAGAUUGGAAUGUUGGCUUAAUGGUUUCUCCCGAGGAGAAUCAACACCAGGACAGAAUGUGUGGUCUGCAAGAAAUUGGUGGCCAUAUUAUGAAAAUUCCUUUAAUUGGUUUCCAAGUUCUCCUUUUUAUGCAUUUAGAGGGAACACCUGCUGGUGCUAGAAAUUUACCGUUUCUGGUUCUUUUCUCUCCACUUUUCCUACUUCAAGGAGCUGGUGUAUUGUUUGCUGCUUCUAAGUUGGCAGAAAAGCUUAUUCUUUUAUUGCGGAGCGAAGCUGGCCCAGGAAGAUAUUUUAGAUUUUCCUCAAGAGCUCAUGACUGCUUGGGGUUCAUGCAUCAUGGUUCCAGGCUGCUGGGCUGGUGGUCAAUUGAUGAGGGAAGUCGAGAGGAACAGGCUCGAUUGUACCAUGGGCGAGAUGCUGGUUAUAAUACUUUCUGUGGUUAUCCUCCUGAGAUAGUGAAGAAAAUGCCUAAAAAAGAUCUCGCUGAGGAGGUGUGGAGACUGCAGGCAGCUCUUGGUGAGCAGACAGAAAUCACAACAUACAGCCAGCAGGAGUUUGAAAGACUUAAAAAUGGUCAGGAAAAAGUUUUAUGUAGGGUGUGCUUUGAGGGAGAGAUCAGUGUGGUUCUGCUCCCCUGUAGACAUCGUAUCCUUUGCAGCACCUGCUGUGAGAAGUGUAAAAAAUGUCCAGUUUGUCGUGUCUCUAUCGAGGAGUGCUUAUCUGUGUACGACGUUUAGCUUCUAACCCAGCAGUUUCGUAAUAUGAAUGAUCAAUUGGAGUCCACAGAUAAGGUAUAACAGUUUUAACAGGGAAGUUCAUUUUGCAGCUGAUCAUAACUUCUACUUCUGCAUGCGCUGCUUGUUCAAAUUAACAUGAUCAUGCAUUAGGGACAUACAGGGGACAUGGUUGCUUUACUUGUAUUUGUACCUUUAUUUUUCUUCAAAGAAAACAAAUGAAAGUAGUAUGUAGUUUUUUAUUGGUAGAAGAUGCUGAUAUGUUUUUGCCAUGCCCCGUAUACCCUCUAGACAUUUAAGAGCUGUAUGUCUGUGUAUAGAAGUGAGUGUUGAGGUGGCUGGGACCUAUUUUCUCUUGGCAUUGGAAGCUUGAAAUACAUCAUUACGUUCUAAUGUAGAUACAUUUACCCUCUUGGGAAACGUUUGUAUGUUACCUUGCAAGUGAUAGUUUGAGGA